AUGAACAAAUUUCAUGGCGCCCUACUGAUCCUCAGUAGCUUCCAACUCAUUUCGUAUACUUUGGCUAGUGAAUUUCCUGCAGGCGGAAUCGAUCUUUCUAUCACCGUUCAACUUAAUGUACCCAAGAUCAAUUUUAUAAAGAUUUCCAGUAAUGCUACACUUAAUGAUGGUAAAGUAAUCUUUGAUGGAUUUCCAAUCAAGCCCAAUCACGUUGCCGCAUUGCAUUCAAAUAAAGAUGUCGUGGUUAAUCCAAACUCAGGAUAUUAUACUAUCCGAUCGGUUAAAACAGAAGUGAGAGUUUUACUUCGUGUCUUAAAAUGCGUGAAUGGCAUUAAUGAUGUCUACAUUAUUGAAGAAGAAGUUUCUAAGCUCGAUAACAGACCGGUUAAACAACUCAAGGUUGCAGUAAUUAAAAUACUUACAGAAUGUGACGGAAAAUUCGUAGGUUACCUAACGGAUUAUUGCAAUCAUUUAGAAAGCGCAAUUCAUCGUAGGAAUCACAGUGAUGAUGAACAUCAUCAUUUGUCAGUAGAAGAGCAGUCUAGUACUGAAUUACCACAAUAA